AUGAACCCUUUCUCGAUCAAUGAGGAAGGCGACCCUGCCUUCGAGUCACCGACUGAAUACGGUUCGAGCUCAAGAACGAUUGGAAAAGCCCGAAGUGCUUUACCAAAAGAUCUGGAAUCCUGGUCUACCAUCUAUGAACGUGAUAUGUACAUGCAGACCUGGGAGACAGUGGCCAAUCUGGUUCUCAACCGCGAGGGCUUCACUCUGUGGGAUCAUUUCGACGAGUACAACCAGGUCGUAAAGGGUCUGCCGAAGCCCAGUGGCUACUCUUUCUUGGGCCCCAACAACCCGGACCCUGGCCUGAGGUUGACUUACUGGGGUUUGAGCACUGGCCUUAGUCACGCUGUGCGUGGGGACGACGGCAGAGAUUACAUCGUCACUCUGGUUACUGUGGGCAAAGAAGGCGACGAGCGUCUACGAACCCUUCGUCGCCUCUCAUUUUCGCUUCACCCUCUCCUGAGCAGCAACCAUAUUCUACCGAUCAUCAAAGAAAUCACGUAUGAAGAUCUCACCUUUGUUGUGGUGCCCAAAGCUAUGUAUAAGGCUGUAGAGGCGAUCGUCGACAUUCAUCAGCAUCGUAUAGCGCAUCGGGAUCUUUUCCUUGAUAAUUUUAUCGUAGACUGGUUUCCUGAAUCUAUGAUUUCCAGGAAAUCGGUGGUCAAACCUCGAGUUUACCUGAUCGACUUCGAAACUGCCAUCGACAUGUCUGAUCCUGAGCAGCUGUGCCGCGGGCUUCCGUUUCCAGAUGACAAAUAUUUUCGCCCUCGAGCACCUGAACUCAGCACACCGGACGAGCCUUAUUGUCCAUUCCGUCUCGAUAUCUGGCAAUUUGGAACCUCGGUCCUCAAGCACUUCCCGAGUUCAGGCAUUCCAGAGACCGACGCCAUCUGGCCACCCCUGGUAUCAGAAAACCCUCGGGACCGCCCAGCUGCAAAAGAGGUGAUGGACAAGCUCAAUGAGAUUGUCCGCUCCAUCCCGCCUUCCGACCUUCAUCUUCCUGUCAAGGACACAUACUUAACGGACAUGUAA